ACCAUGACGCUGUCCUGUUGUUCAGAACAGAACCACUGUAGCGUUCCAAGCGGGUAGCGGGUUUCUUCGGUCAACGAUGGCUCAUUAAACAUUUCCUCGGAGUCGGUGAUGGUUGGGGCGGCAUUGGAAAGCAUUAGCAGCAACGGGACGAUGCGAACAUCAGCUGCGUUCAGUGUUCCACCAAAGACAAUGGGGACGGUUGUAGCAAAGGAACCUACCCACCCACCGAGUGUAAAAACGCAGAUGUUAAAUGUUACGAACGUACCAAUGGGGAACAGGUAGAGCGUGGUUGUCUCGCGGAUCUACCAGAAGCUGACCAGAUGAAAUGCAACGACCCCAACGAUUUCACGUGUGCAACCUGUUCAGAAAGCAACUGCAAUGUGGACAACUGGCUAAAAUGCUUCGACUGUGAUUCAGAUACUGCUGGAUGUGUCGGAGAGCAAAGAGUAGACAGCCGUAAGAAGUUCUGUAUGAAGUAUGAUAAAAAUGAUGAAUGCUACUCCAUGGUCAAUGGAACUAAAGUGACUCGUGGUUGCAGAUCGGAUUUGGCUGAUCCGGUUUCGAUGUGUAACAACACUCGUUAUUGCGAAUCAUGCGAAGGAGAUGCGUGCAAUGGCCUUUCCAGGGAACGGUUGACGGAUAAAUCCAUGUGUGUCCAAUGUACAUCUCUCGAGGCGAACUGCGAGAAUGUAACAAUCGAAGCAAAAGAAUGCCCGUUACGUUCAGAAUUGUGCUACUCGCGGGUCGAAGGACAAGUUCUUCAGAGGGGUUGUCUAUCGCAACUUUCGAAAUCGGACCGAGCAAAGUGUAUUAACGUCAAAGAUACAACUUGCAUGGCUUGUGAAGCUCACGGCUGCAACACCAUCAUGUGGUUGCACUGUCAUCAGUGCAAAGAAACUACCGACGUCAAUUGCAUCGACGAACAAACCGAUGCGGCUCCAUUCUGUUCAAACUAUAAAGAAGGAAACCGUUGCUACGCGAGAUUGGAGGGUCCCAAAACAACCCGCGGAUGUGAAACCGAUUUGGAGGCUUCACAUCCCUGCAAAGAAAACGAAAAAUGCAGAACUUGUUCUACUGACGGUUGCAACGGUCACGUGGCUGCCGCACUUAACUCUACGGAGCGCUGUCUCCAAUGCAGUACGGCUGGUGUUGGAAUACGAAAACGUUGUCUAUUGGGCACUGCUGCCAGUCAGCCAUGUGCGAAAGCUGCGACAGGAAAAUGCUACUCCAGGAUUGACAGCAAUGGUGCUCUACAUCGGGGAUGCCAAAGCGAACUGUCGGCAGAACAAACUACGGCCUGUACGGGAAAGACUUGCGCCAUUUGUGCAGGGAAAAACUGCAAUAACGGUACCUUUCCCGGUGACCGGCUCCAAUGCUUUCAGUGCUCCAGCAGUUCUGAUAAGAUGUGUUCCGAACAAUUAACCAUUGCCAUGAAUGCCAGCUAUUGCCAAAAAUACAAAAUCGGUGAUAAAUGCUUCAGUAGACUCGUCAAUGGGAUCGUUGAACGAGGUUGCGAAUCGGAUCUGGCAGCACUGGCAUGCGAUGGACUGAAAACCAACGAAUGUCAAGUGUGCACCGAAAAUAAUUGUAACUCAUUGUUCCUAAAACAACUGAACAGCUCGUCCAGUGCGUUCUCCAUUAGUUUAUUGCUGGCGGGACUAUCUUUUGUAGUACUAAUUUUGACUGCUCCUCACUAAGCUAAUGUAGAAUAAAUAUUUGCGCGCAGCACUGACUGCAUUUA